AAUAGUGGCAGCACUGUUGAGAAUUCUGGUAAAAAAGAGUAUCCAGGUUAAUUUUAUUGGAUAUUUUUAAAUUCUACAAAACCAUGGCCGAUAAUGCGGAACCUCUUACCCUGGCCAGAGAUGUCAAAAGAUCGAUAGAGCUGUUGGAAAAGUUGCAGGCCAGUGGAGAUUUCCCAACAACAAAACUGGCUGCUCUACAGAAGGUGCUCAACUCAGACUUUAUGACUUCUGUGCGAGAGGUGUACGAACACGUAUACGAGACAGUGGACAUCCAAGGAUCCCACGACGUCCGGGCUUCUGCCACUGCCAAGGCCACCGUCGCCGCCUUUGCUGCCAGCGAAGGCCAUGCCCAUCCCAGAGUUGUGGAGCUGCCAAAAACAGAAGAGGGUAAGAGGGAGCCAAGUAGGAUGCUUAUUACAAACACUACAAAUAUCAUUUAAGCCAUAUUAUGUCCAUCCUCUUCUACAUAUAGUGUAGAAAGCGGUUUAAACCAUGUCUAAUUUUGUCUUACAGGAUUAGGUUUCAAUGUAAUGGGUGGUAAGGAACAAAAUUCCCCCAUCUAUAUAUCUCGAAUAAUUCCUGGCGGAGUGGCUGACAGGCAUGGUGGUCUUAAGAGAGGUGAUCAGCUUCUUUCUGUCAAUGGAGUGUCUGUGGAAGGAGAAAACCACGAAAAGGCGGUAGAACUUUUAAAGCAAGCUAUUGGAUCUGUAAAGCUGGUUGUGCGCUACACCCCAAAGGUUCUUGAAGAAAUGGAAAUGCGUUUCGACAAACAACGCAACACUCGUCGCCGCCAGUAAAACACUCAUUGGCCUAAAAACUAUUGCCAUUAAAGUUUUUCGCCACUAGUUCAUAAUGUUAAUUACUUCUGAAAAAAUCAAACCCUCUACGAAUAAUAUACAAAAUGAAAGUUAAUUAUUAUUUAUUAUAAAAGUACCCUUAAUUUGUGAAAACGUGAAUGUUAUGUAUUUAUACCUAAAUACCGUGUUGGCUUUUGUUCCAAUAAAAGUACCAUUAAUUGUGAAACAAAA